AUGUUCGAGGACUGCGUGAAGUCCGCUGAGGAGCACUACCUGUUCUGUGACGAUGAGGGGCCCUGGGCCGUGGUCCUGGAGUCCCUGGCGGCCAUCGGCAUCGUGGUGACCAUCCUGCUCCUCCUGGCCGUCCUGUUCCUGCUGCGGCGCGUGCAGGAGUGCGCGCGCUGGAACGUGCUCCCCACGCAGUUCCUCUUCCUGCUGGGGGUGCUGGGCCUCUUCGGCCUGGCCUUCGCCUUCAUCCUGCCGCUCAGCCACCGCACGGCGCCCGUCCGCUUCUUCCUCUUCGGCGUCCUCUUCGCGCUCUGCUUCUCCUGCCUCUUGGCCCACGCGUCCAACCUGGUGCGCAUGGCGCGCAGCUGCGGCUCCUUCUCCUGGCCCACGCUGCUGGCCAUCGCCGUGGGGCUGAGCCUGCUGCAGACGGUGCUGGCCAUCGAGUACGUGACCCUGGUGACCACGCGCGGCCCCACCUUCGAGCGCAUGACCCCCGAGCAGCUCAACGUGGACUUCGUGGCGCUCACGGUCUACGUGCUGCUGCUCCUGGCGCUCACGCUCUUCGUGGCCAAGGCGGCCUUCUGCGGGCCGUGUGAGCGCUGGCGGCGGCCCGGCCGGCUCAUCUUCACCACGGCGCUCGUGUCUGCCGUCAUCUGGGCCACCUGGAUCGCCAUGCUCACCCGGGGGAACCCGCAGCUGCAGCGGCAGCCGCACUGGGACGAUGCUGUCGUCUGCAUCGGCCUGGUCACCAAUGCCUGGGCCUUCCUCUUCAUCUACAUCAUCCCCGAGCUCUGCCUGCUCUACCGCGCCUGCCGCCAGGACGGCCCCGCACCGGCUCACGCCUGCCCCGCCCCGGUCUACCAGCGCGGCCUGCGGAUGGAUAACCAGGAGCUAUCCCGAGCCCGAGACAGCGAAGGAGCUGAGGAGGAUGUAGCCUUAACCCCCCAUGGUGUCCCCCUCCAGCCGCAGACUGCUGAGCCCUCGCAGGGCCAACUCCUCCCCAGGACCGCCCUGAGCGUGGACGCGGCCCCCCCACCCCACACCGGCCCCUCGGACCCCGGCUCCUCGGACCCCGGCCCCCACCCCACCCGGCCUGGCCCCUCGGACCCCAGCCCCCCCCCCACCCGUCCUGGCCUCUCGGACCCCGGCGACCCCCACCCAGCCUGGCCCCUCGGACCCCAGCCCCCACCCCACCCGGCCUGGCCCCUCGGACCCCAGCCCCCACCCCACCCCGGCCCCUCGGACCCCGGCCCCCACCCCACCCGGCCCCUCGGACCCCGGCCCCCACCCCGGCCCCUCGGACCCCGGCCCCCACCCCACCCCGGCCCCCACCCCGAUUACAGCCCUGCUGCCCUGGCCCCCACCCCACCCCGGCCCCCACCCCACCCCGGCCCCCACCCCGAUUACAGCCCUGCUGCCCUGGCCCCGGCUCCACGUCUUUCUUCACCCACGCCGCUCGCAGGUGGUGUGGGGGGGACAAAGGAGGUAGUGGGGCCCCAGCCUGAGGACACUGCCACGUGA